CACAGCCUUCUCUCCUUCUCCUGCCUCUCCUGCAUCUGGCUCACUGACUCCUGUGGAGAUGUCCUUCCAGCAGAACCAGCAGCAGUGCCAGCCCCCUCCCAAGUGCCCCUCACCCAAGUGCCCCCAGAAGAGCCCAGCACAGUGUCUGCCCGCAGCCUCCUCUGGCUGUGCUGCCAGCUCAGGAGGGUGUGCUGGCCCCAGCUCUGAGGGUGGCUGCUUCCUGAGCCACCACAGGCACCACAGGUCCCACCGGUGUCGACGUCAGAGCUCAGACUCCUGUGAUGGUGGCAGUGGUCAGCAGUCUGGGGGUUCUGGCUGUGGCCACAGCUCUGGUGGCUGCUGCUGA